UGAACCGUCACGCGUGGCCAUGGCCUUUUCCGAGUGGGACGCGCCGUGGAGCGAAGGCGACGAUGACGACGACGACCGCCUGUCCUGGAAGAGUCUCUGCCUGAGCGAGUACAAGCCGAUCCGGCGCUACGACCCGUUUGCUGCGGCGGCUGAAGCGGUCCGGCAGGCCGAAGCCGCGCGCCGCGUGCGGCCUCCGAGCGCACGGGCGCCGCUCGAGGCAGAACUGUCUUGCAGCUCGCAAUGGGUCUACCCGGAACGCUCGCCUUCCAUCGAGUCGAGUGCGCAACUUUUGCUGCCUCGUCCUCGCUCGACCAUGGCACCGCCGCCACCGACGGUUGGCGUUCGCUCACUCGAGCGCGACGAGUCGAGCUUUGACCGCGCAGCGCUGGAGAAGGAACUUCAUGUUUCGAAGACAAAAACACUGGCACUCGAGUCGCAAGUCGAGACGCUACUGCGCCAAGGCGAAGAUGCUCGGCACGUGACAGCCCGGGACAUGGCGUCGCUCGAAGAGAAGGUCACCCACGUCGAGGCGGCGUUAGCAGCCAAGGUAGCCGAGCUGCAGUUAGCCAAGAUGGACGCGGCCAGUGACAAGAAGCGCGUGACGAUGUUGGAGGCCCAGCUCCAGGCACUGCGACAGACGCUGAACGACACGGAGCGUAGGGUCAGCAGUGACGCCGAUGCACUGGCGGCGAAAUCCACAGAGCUGGCGACGGCGCGAACCAAGCUGGAAAGCGUCCAGUUUGCGCUGGACGAGUGCAAGGCGACGUUGGUAACCACAUCGACCGAGCUGGAGCGCGUCCGAAAAGACUAUACCAAAGUGGUCUACGAGCUCACGCAGCUGCAGCGAAGCCAAAGCCAAAACACGGAGACGUGGCGCACGACCAACCAGAUUGCGUUGUUGACGCAAGAGCGAGAUGAUCUGCUACAGCAGCUGCGCCAGACAUCUGCGAUGCAUGCUCGGCACCAGGCUGACGUUGCGGCCAGAGACACCCAGCACUCGCAGCAGCUCGAACGACUUCAAGCGCAGCAGCGCACCUUCGACCGGCGUGACGAUGUUGGUCCGCCACCAUCGAGUUGGGAACCAGCCUAUGUCGAGUCGUCGCUCUUCCCGAACGCGAUCCGCAUACCAGAUGUGCACGGGCAAGGAUUCCCUGAGACGGAACGGCGCCCGAGUGCUGUCGUCGAGUCGUACAACCAGAUGCUGGCCGACGCCCGUCCGACCACAUCACCGACAAAGGAGCGCAUGACGCGACGCAGCGGCCCCGUGUCGCUGGCGGACCUCGGCUACGGGGAUGCCCGGCGGUCGAUGCCAACAACUGCAGCCUCCAUGAGCAAGGUGGAGCUGAAUGGCUCGAGCAACAUUCGCAACUUGCUUCAUUAUCAAACCAGUACCGAAGAGGGUGGGGACAUGCGUCACCGCAGCGUGAUCGACAUGGAGCUCAGUGCACCGUACGCAACCGAGAAGCAGUCGCUGCAAAAUGACGUCAUGUACAAGCGCCAGUUGGAGCGAAAGCUCCUCGACCUCAACCUUGAAAAAGAGCAGCUCCAGGCCGAGUACGCCAAGCUCGAACAGUCGGCCUCGAGGACGAUCGAUGCACGCAGGCGCAAGUCUAAUAUCGAGUCGAGCCUCUUUGGUCUUGACAAAGCCAUCAAUCAGCUGCGCAUGCAACUACGCUAA